CUAUCCCUCAAGCAAAACUGAACAUUCAAUCAUCUUAUCUGGGAAUCCAUGGGGGAUAUAAAAGAUUGGCCCCUCGUACCACGAACCACCAUUAGCUUCAUAAAUCGGUAAACAAUGUUUCGUUUCGUGUUCGUGCUAAUCUGCCUAGGGGUAGGCUUUGUCGCCUCAGUGCCAACACCCGAUAAGCGUAUAGUUGGAGGCAUUCCAGCCGAAUCUGAAGAUGCUCCGUGGAUGGUAUCGAUGCGAAAUUCCUUCAACAUCCACUUCUGUGGUGCGACACUGCUGAGCAGUCGGUUCGUUCUGACAGCGGCCACAUGCAUGCAGGGGCGUUUGUCCAGCACUACCAUGGCUGUGGUAGGAUCCAGAUUUUUGAACACGGUUGCUGCCCCGUACUACGGCUUGCAGACAAUCAACCAUCCGCAAUUCAACCAGAACACGCUGGAAUUCAACGUGGCCCUGUUCCAAACUAUUCAAAAUGUGAUAUUCACCAGUAUAGUGCAGCCGAUUCAAUUGAAUCCGACUUUCAUCUCACAAGGAUCGCGCGCUCGAAUGUUCGGAUGGGGUGCCAUUGAAAACGGUGGAGGCAACUCGAACGCUCUAAACUUUGUUAACCUGAACGUGAUUGACAACGACAACUGUCGAGACAUUCUGGGUGCCGAAGGAAUGCGAGUUGCUGCUUCUUCCAUGUGUACCCUAAAUCGCGAGGGACAAGGACUGUGUACCAAUGAUGCCGGAGGUGCCUUGGUUUUGGAUAACUUGGCUAUCGGCGUCGCAUCGUGGAAGAUACCAUGUGCUACUGGGCGCCCUGACGUUUUUGUUCGCAUUUCUGCGAUUCGUGAUUGGAUUGUCAGCAUUAUCUAAACAACAAUGAUGUUAUCACAGGUUAGUGAUAAAAGUUGUAUUCAACCACUGAUAGCGGUAAAUUUCGGAUCGAGUAGAAUGGUGAAAACAACGCAUUUUAUCUAGAAAUGAACUGUAAAUACACCUGCGCGUAUUCUCUUGAAAAUAAAAAGAUAGCUUAAUAUCUAGAUUUUACAAA